CUGAGCUCUGAUUGGUCAGACGCACAUUGGGCUUCGUUCUCUCAUUGAUGCGUUCGCUGCAGAUCUGACUAUCGCUCUUUUUCUGGGUUACUGUCAUUUUGGGUCAGCCGGACCGGCAUCUUCCCUCUUCAGCACCUCUGAUCUUAUCCUCGCAUCACUCAUCCAAAAUGACGGAGACGGAGACGCUUGAGAAAAGACAGCAGCACAAGUCCAGCAACGGGGAUGUUGGUUCAGACACAGCCAGAGACGACGCGUUUGAUCACACAUACAAGGAGAAGGAGGGCCCCAAACCUCCCACAAUCAUCGUUUGGAGAAAUGUCAUUAUGAUGUCUCUGCUGCAUCUAGGAGCUGUGUAUGGCGUCUUCCUCAUCCCUUCUGCCGCCCCUUUAACCUUGCUUUGGUCUGUACUCUGUUUUUUGAUUAGUGCUUUAGGAAUAACUGCAGGAGCUCAUCGCCUGUGGAGCCACAGAACCUACAAGGCUUCACUACCUCUCAGGAUCUUUCUUGCUUUUGCCAACUCCAUGGCUUUUGAGAAUGACAUUUUUGAAUGGGCUCGAGACCACAGGGUUCACCACAAAUACUCUGAGACAGACGCCGACCCCCACAACGCCAGGCGGGGAUUCUUCUUCGCUCACAUCGGCUGGCUUCUGGUGCGCAAACAUCCUGAUGUCAUUGAAAAGGGGCGCAAGCUAGAGCUCACAGAUCUUCUGUCUGACAAAGUCGUAAUGUUCCAAAGGAGGUAUUACAAGCUUUCUGUGCUGCUUAUGUGCUUUUUUAUCCCAAUGUUUGUGCCUUGGUACCUAUGGCGGGAGUCCCUGUGGGUGGCGUACUUCGUCCCAGCACUGCUAAGGUACACUUUGGUGCUGAACGCCAGCUGGCUGGUCAACAGUGCGGCUCACAUGUGGGGGAACAGGCCCUAUGACAAGAACAUCAACCCCCGGGAGAACAGAUUUGUCACUUUCAGCGCUAUAGGUGAAGGAUUCCACAACUAUCACCACACGUUCCCCUACGACUAUGCCACCAGCGAGUAUGGCUGCAAGCUGAACCUCACCACUUGUUUCAUCGACUUCAUGUGCUUCCUGGGCCUGGCUUGGGACUGCAAGAGGGUGUCCCGCGAGGCGGUUCGGUCUCGGAUACAGCGCACUGGAGACGGAAGCCACCGAAGUGGCUAAGAACUGUGGAAGUCACGGAGGCAGGAAAACAGACGGGAAGAAUAACAGUCACCCGCUAUAGCGAUUCAUUUCUCAUCCCCUGAGGUAUAGUCAGCUCGGUGAGGGUCUCUACUACAUUUUGCUUGUUCUUUAUGGUUCUUCUAGCUGUAGCUAUACAAACUGAUAUAAAAAAACAUGCUUUAUAAAGAUUUGUAAUAUUCAUUAACGUCAAAGUCUUGAUGAAAUGUUUCAGAUCAGAUCAGAUCUUUGCUGUUUUGCCACUUUGAUGUGCUUUCUUCAUAAAGAAACAUGUAGCCAACAUUUUUAUAUGUUACUCAAAUAUUCAGUCGAAAGCAAGAAGAAAUAUGGAGUAACGUCACUGAAACGAUUUAGUAAAUGAAAACCUGCCUUUUUAACAUGCUGGUGAUUUUAAUAUGAACAUUACCUUUAUGGGCACCUGUAACUUGGUUUAUUUGUGACUGAAAACCUGCUAGCUUAAAUAAUGAAGUAUAGCAAAGAACAGGAAAGUGAGGGAGCCCGUGUUUUAUUCUUAUAAUCUGACUGCAGUGUCACAAAAACUGUGUGGAAACGGAGUUUUGCAGUGUGCUUCAAUGUGAGACAUGGUUGCCUUCUGCAGCAAAACCAAAUAUUUAGAAAGCACUAAGAAAAGAUUAGCAUGUGCUAAAUUUAGUCUGUGCAAUUAUCAAAUGGAGUUUUUAUUAGAAUAAUGCAAGCCCCACCUUUACCUUAGAUUAAAACUGCAAUUUAAUCUAAACUGUAACUUGCAAUUUUUUAAUUUGCUUAAUUUUUGUGUAGUUAUUAUAGAAUAGUGCCAACAAUAUUCCAGUCAGCGACAUAUUCACAUCAUUCCAAGUUUAUAUUCCCUUUUUUCAUUUAAGAUAGCCUAAUUGGGAUAUAUCUUUUUCUGGCUCAUUCCCAGAUGUUGUCCUCAAACAUCAGCGGCCGGGUUCUCAUUGAUCCCUGCGGUGGCCAGUCAUGUGACUAAUCUGGGUAUUACAAAACAAAAUGCAUGGCGAUAUACUGUAGUAGGUGUUGUGGUGAGGUGAUGUGUCGGUGACUGUCAAGGCUGAACCGCGUCUAUUUUUCUUCUGUCACUUUUGGAUCAUCAGACUUGUUGCUAUGGUGAUUUCAGAGAUGGGUCUGGUUUCUCUUUGAUGUGCUGCAAAAGUGACUGUCAGUUUUGAAUUAUAAGUGCAUCAAUGUUUUGUGUUUCUUUGGAAGUUCUAGUAUAUGGAAUACUUUUGUUUGACCCCCCCUCUUUUUUUAAACAAUUUUAAGGAUUUGCACUCUGAUAUUCGACAGUUCUGUAUAUUAUACGCCAAAUAUAUCCAAAUGCAGCACUUGUUUAUUUCAAUCGAGCAGUCAUAUCCUGCAUUCAUUUUCCACAUCCAUGCAGCUACAGCAGAAAUGUGUCAGAAGACAUCUGAUUUCUGAGUUCUUACAAACUGAAAGACCGGUUGAAAGAAUAUUCUUAUUAACAUAACAAUAUAACCAGACUGUAAAAUGAAAAGUCAUGUUUAAUGGUCUAAAAUACCAUUUUAACAACGAGUACUGAUGUCUAUUUGUGAGCUUUAACUUGCACAAAAUGAUUGAGGGAAGGUCAGUGCCAACUCAACAAGAUCACAACAAAUGAAAACAAGUUCUGAGAUGAAAAUUAGACAUUUCCUUCUGCGGACAGAUGAACAGGUUUUCAUUUUCAACAUGUCAGAUCUCAACUGUGUGCUAUUCUGUAAUAAAAUUCACAAUAUUUUCAAUACUCUCA